GCUGCAGGCUCCUGCGGGGUGCGUGCCCCCCGGCCCACUCGCCUCCCGCUUGCCACUCCGGCAAGCAGCGCCUGGCACCAGCGCUUUGCCUCCAGUCCUCAGCACCUCCCCCUCACACAUCUCUGAAGCCCGUGUGCCCCAGGUUGCUAGAUCAACGAGGGGGCUUGUCCCCCCCAAAGGGCUUCCCGGUUUUCAAGCACUCUGCCCUGCCUGGGGAGGCCAGGGAGUCACCCCGCCCCUGUGAGGUCCUCUGGCUGCUGUCCACCAGCCCAGCUGGAGAGGCGUCCAGGGGAAGGGCAGCCACAGCCUGGGCAAGAGCCUCCAACGGGGACGGGCGAGGUGUGGGGGACACAGGGAGCUCCAGACCCUCCCUGCUCUGACGGCUGCCCCUCUCUCCUCUUAGCCUGGCUCCAGUGCCCAGACCCAAGCCCCCCAGCCAAUGGACACCCCCAGCCCAGACCCGUUGCCUUCGUCUUUGCUCGGGGAGGAAGAAAAACCUCAGGCCUUACCUCCUCCUGUUCCCCGGGGCCGUCGAGGCCGACGUCCCGGGGGGCCCACCUCCUCGAAAAGGACACUCAAGGCCUCCCUCCCUCGCAAGCGGGGGCGGCCCCCCAAGUCAGGGCAGGAGCCCCCGCUGGUGCAGGGGGCGGCAGCCCCGGCCGGCAGCGGCGGUGGCAGUGACCUCCUGUUGAUCGAUGAUCAGGGUGUGCCCUACACAGUCUCUGAGGGGUCAGUGGCAGGAGGGACCGAGGGGUCCGGCCCCAAGAAAGCACCCCACUUCUGCCCCGUGUGCCUGCGGGCCUUCCCCUACCUCUCUGACCUGGAGCGCCACGCCAUCUCGCACUCGGAGCUGAAGCCGCACGAGUGCAAGGACUGCGGCAAGACCUUCAAGCGCUCCAGCCACCUGCGGCGCCACUGCAACAUCCAUGCCGGCCUCCGGCCGUUCCGCUGCCCGCUCUGCCCGCGCCGCUUCCGCGAGGCGGGGGAGCUGGCCCACCACCACCGCGUCCACUCCGGGGAGCGCCCCUACCAGUGCCCCGUCUGCCGGCUGCGCUUCACGGAGGCCAACACGCUCAGGCGCCACGCCAAACGCAAGCACCCCGAGGCCAUGGGGGCGCCCCUGUGUCCCCCGGACCCAGGGCCUGAGCCGCCGUGGGACGACGAGGGUGUCCCGGCCACAGCGGGGGCCGAGGAGGGGGAGGGCGAGGAGGUGUAGCGGGGAAACGCCCCCGCCUGAGCCGCAGGCCCGGCGGCCGCUCCCUGGGCCGGACACAGCGCGAUCAGCAGGGGCGCGCCUGGGCCCCACGGUCUGCACAACCCGCACAACCCGCGCCGGGGUGGAGGCUGGGGGCGCACAGCCUCGGGGCCUGCCGCCUUCCGCCGCCCUCGCCCAGACCGCCUCGGAGGCAGGGCCCGCGGAAAUAAAGCUCUGCCUCCGGCCGCCUGUGUGCUCAGUGCUCACCCCGGGUCGCCGCCUCGGCCACCGGCGCCUCGUUUGCGCGACGGGGGAGAGUGACCGCGGCGGCAUUGCGUUCCGCACCGGCCCCAGGCACGCCCUGUGCGUCCACACGGGGGAAACACUGAACGUGUGUGUGUGUG